AUGAUGACGUUUCAUAAUAAUUUAUUUUCCAUUUUACUGAUCUUUGUUACAUUCCAGACUAAUAAUGCAUUUACUUUUCCAAAAUUCUUGGAUUUGAAUUUAUCAUGGCGAAACUGUGGUCCGAGCGCAGAUCCUAUUCAAUUAAACAGUCUUUCAAUCACACCCGAUCCCAUUCGUAUUCCAGGAGGUUUUAAUAUUACCGGUUCAGCUGCUGUUACAGUUCAAAUUCCAACAGAUGUUCACGUAUCCGUUACACUCGAACGCAAAGUCGGACCAUUCUUUGUCAAAGUCCCAUGUGUUGAUAAUUUCGGCUCCUGCAACUAUGGCAAUGCUUGUCAAUUAUGGGCUGAAUAUUGUCCAAAGUUUGCUGCUAAAUUUGGCCUUCCAUGUCAAUGUCCUAUUCCAGCGAGUACAUAUUCCGUGUCCAAUGCAAAUGUAGUUAUUAAAAAAACUGUUCCUCCGGAAUUGCUUGGUGAAUAUCGUGCUACUGUUGAUAUAAGCUCAAGUCAAAGUCAUCUUGGAUGUAAGUUUGCUGCUAAAUUUGGCCUUCCAUGUCAAUGUCCUAUUCCAGCGAGUACAUAUUCCGUGUCCAAUGCAAAUGUAGUUAUUAAAAAAACUGUUCCUCCGGAAUUGCUUGGUGAAUAUCGUGCUACUGUUGAUAUAAGCUCAAGUCAAAGUCAUCUUGGAUGUGUUUUUAUUGACUUAACAGUCAAGAAAUAA